AGGGACUUAGACCUUCGCUCCGGUUGGCUUAUAAAAGCAGCGUCUCGCUGCCUCCACUCGCAUUGAAGACGGACGACAGACAAGGAAGUGUUUGAACUUUGACAACAACAAAAGAAAAUCAUCAAACCGAAGCGUUUGUGAAACAUGGCUCGUACAAAGCAGACCGCUCGUAAAUCCACCGGAGGAAAAGCGCCCAGAAAGCAGCUGGCCACCAAGGCGGCCAGGAAAAGUGCGCCAUCUACCGGCGGCGUGAAGAAGCCCCACAGAUACAGGCCAGGCACAGUUGCUCUGCGUGAGAUCCGUCGGUACCAGAAGUCGACUGAGCUGCUCAUCAGGAAGCUGCCUUUCCAGCGUCUUGUGAGGGAGAUUGCUCAGGACUUCAAGACAGAUCUGCGUUUUCAGAGUGCGGCCAUUGGUGCUCUGCAGGAGGCCAGCGAGGCGUACCUGGUUGGACUGUUUGAGGACACCAACCUGUGUGCCAUCCAUGCAAAGAGGGUCACAAUCAUGCCCAAGGACAUCCAGCUGGCCAGGCGAAUUAGAGGAGAACGUGCAUAAAUGAUCUGUUUUAAUCUUUAUAGUGGGGUGUUGUGAUGGGAGGGUUAGGUUGGGCUUUAUCUGGGGAUGUUUUGUAAAUUUCCGAAUUAUUACCAGCAUGUGUGGUUUUAUUUGUAGUCUGGAGCAUGUUUUUGUACUCAUUUCACCUUUUCAGCCCGUCCCAUUCAUUGUAGACCAGCUUCACUGUAAAAUACUAAAUGUUCCUUUUUUCUCAAGUUUUCAAACACGUUAGUCUGUACCUUUGCAAUCCUGUGAGCAUGUCAUGGGAUUGUCCUGUUCUGUAAAUAAACUUUCUGCUACCUCA